GUGACGACGUUUCGCUUAAACAGCCCAGUCUCUCCCUUCUCUCUCUUUCUCCACCUCCUCCCUCUCUCUCUCUCUCUCUCUCUCUCUCUCAGCCCAGCGCUCGGGGCAUCCACUGUCGUUUCUAACGGGGGAUAAUAGAGCACCACCCGUACUGCUCCCUCAACUCUGGCCACAAAAUAAAGGCGGCAGACGGUGACAGCAUCAGCAUUAGCAGCAGGAGGCUCCUCUCUGCUCUCCUCCUCCUCUCUCUCUCUCUCUCUCUCUCUCUCCCAGAGACUCCCUCGUUCCCUCCAGAUGAGAUCUUCUCCACAUCCGGACGGACGGAUCGGGAGUUGACAGCAUGCUGUGCCAGUGAACCAGCCAUAGGAAGAACAAAAAGGAAUCUACACCGACUGAAGACAGCCUUUGAACUAUCUCGACUGCGUGCAACUCCUGUGUAAAGAAGAAGAAGCAGCAUUGGAAGAGCCCCUAGCAGCAGGCACCGCUGAGUUAAAGCUUCUGCCUGGCUGCCCACCACCACCAUGGCUGAGAGUCGAAGGGAAGCCCUGGCAGCGGCCCCUAUGUCCACCACUGCCUCCACGGUCGGUGCCAACGCUACCGACAUCUCUGGCACCGGAUCCAGCGAGGACUUCUCCAAGAUCAAGGACAAGUUCAUGAAUGAGCUCAACAAAAUCCCACUGCCAAAUUGGGCCAUCGUCUCCAUCGCCUUCGUGGCCGUGGUCCUGGUCCUCUCCUGCUGCUUCUGCAUCUGCAAGAAGUGGAUAUUCAAGAAGAAGAACAAAAAGAAGGGCAAAGACAAGGGCAAGAAUGCCAUCAACAUGAUGGACGUGAACGACGGUGCAAAAACCGAGGCCUUGAAGGAUGAGGAUGACGCUGAGACAGGCCUGACCGAUACAGAGAAAGAGCCCGAGCCCAAGGAGGAAGAGAAACUGGGAAAAUUACAGUUCAGCCUGGAUUACAAUUUCACAGAGAAUACGCUCAUAGUAGGGAUCAUCCAAGCAGCGGACCUUCCAGCCAUGGACAUGGGCGGCACCUCGGACCCCUAUGUCAAGGUCUACCUGCUACCUGACAAGAAGAAGAAGUUUGAGACCAAGGUCCACAGGAAGACCCUAAACCCCACCUUCAACGAGCAGUUCCAAUUCAAGGUGCCCUACGUGGAGCUGGGAGGCAAGACGCUGAUGAUGACGGUGUACGACUUUGACCGCUUCUCCAAGCACGACGCCAUCGGAGACGUGAAGCUGCCCAUGAACAAGAUUGACUUUAGUCACGUGACAGAGGAGUGGCGGGAUCUUGUGAGCGCCGAGAAGGAGGAGCAAGAGAAGCUGGGUGAUAUCUGCUUCUCCCUGCGAUACGUGCCCACCGCCGGCAAGCUGACCGUGGUCAUCCUGGAGGCCAAGAACCUGAAGAAGAUGGACGUGGGAGGCUUGUCAGAUCCCUACGUGAAGAUCCACCUGAUGCAGAACGGGAAGAGGCUGAAGAAGAAGAAGACGACAAUCAAGAAGAACACCCUCAACCCUUACUACAACGAGUCCUUCAGCUUUGAAGUGCCAUUCGAACAAAUCCAGAAAGUUCAAGUUGUUGUAACUGUUCUGGACUAUGACAAGAUCGGCAAGAACGAUGCCAUCGGCAAGGUCUUUGUGGGCCUCAACAGCUCGGGGACGGAGCUGCGCCACUGGUCGGAUAUGCUCGCCAACCCCAGGAGACCCAUCGCCCAGUGGCACGUGCUGAAGGUGGAGGAGGAGGUGGACGCUCAGCUCUCCACAAAAAAAUAGGCAGGGCCCUUUCAGCACCUUCCCCAUAGUGCUCUUUAGCCAGUAUGUGUAAAUACCUCAGUGAUAUAUGGGUCCAUCCACCGUCAAACCAAUCCAGCCAACAGCCAUCCUUCCCACCAACUCCAUACUACUUGUCUUAUCGCCUUCUUUUGUAAUUGUCAAUGGUUCUUUCAAACCCCUAGGCCCUGUUGUUCAGAUUUGUGUUUCUAUUUGUCAGGUUGGGUCCCCGCCCCUGACUAUGUUGUCCAUCUCUACGCCCUGAUUCCCCCUAACCAAAUUCCCCCUUCUUUUAAGCAAUAUGAUCUGUAUAGAUAGCGCAUGACUGAAAGACAUUUAUUGUACUACAGUUGUAUAUAUCAGUCUGCAGACAAAAAUGAUUUCUAGUUUAUGUUGGUAUGUUGUUACCCGUUUCCUAAUCUAUGUAUAUCUGGAUGUUUUUAAUAAGAUGUUCUAUUUUAAAUUAUGUAAAUGCAGAUAUAGGAGAGACGAUAUUAUAUAUUACAGGAUAAAACAUUUUGACCUUAUUGCAUUCCAGAGGAAGAAGAAAGCAAUUCCAACCUGUAAGAUGCUAGUGGAAGUAUAGUCACACUGUAAAGGACGGUGUCUGGCUUUAUGUUUACUAAUGAACCGUUGCAGAGACAAGUUGAAAUACACAGAAAACUAGGCCGUUAACUACUAUGGUUUCAUGGGAAAAUAUAUGCUGCUGGAUAGUAUACAAGCACAUGGUUUCUUCUACGCCUUUUUAUACACAUGCCUGAAACACAAUGUUCUGGAGGAUCUCUCAAAUCGAUGCAAACCGGUUAGCCUUUUUCCUUUUCCUUAAGCAGGGCAUCACCUUGUGACACAGUCAGUUACUUUUAAGUGAAAUAGGUCCUCAUUUGAAAGAACAUCUUUUCAUAAAAUUAUCUAUUUAUUUACUUUUUACAGACCGGUCCUCUUAAACCCAAACGACUAUUCCGCCAACCCCCCCUUCGGAAACUGACCCCAUAUGAAAUAGAAUCAAGCAGUAGCCAUUGUGUCCUUAAGCUUGUUGAACAAUAUUUACUUUCAAUAGCCUUGUUGUUGGAAACUGAUUAUGUUCAGGACAUUGGAGUCUCAAGGUCUCCAUAGAUGGAAUAAUGAGUUUUGACUCUAAGCUUUUAGAUGACUAUUCUUUAGAUAAAUUCAGCUGAUUUUUUUGUAAACUGCAUGAUUUUUUAACCAAUAUUUGCUAAAGGCUGGGAUGGGGGGGAGAUCUACCAACACCUUGGGGCUGUCUCUUAUGAUAACAUCCCCUCGCCUUCAAUCUAUUUCAUCUAGAUUAAAGCUGAAGUGAGUGAUUUGAUGGGUCAGUAUAUCAUUUAUAUAUUGACUGGAAGUAAAGUGAGUUUCUAAACACUGCCAUUUUCAGGGAGGUGACACAUGUAUACUAACCUUCUCUCCAUGCACACUCCCACUAGGUAGUGGUCGUAGCUUUGGUUUAUCGGGAACAAUGUAUUUGGUUGCACAUGGUGCCCUAAAUAGCAGUCUUUGCUUUGCGUUGCCUUCUCACAGUGGCAAUAGAGCUCGCCAUGUUAUACUGCCAAUCUUACUUUCUAUACGGCUACUGUUUUGCACUGUAUGUCUUUUAACCGGCAAUAGCUUGUUGACUUCUUUACACUAUGUUGACGGGCCUUAUUUAAGGACGCUCAAUGCGCAGGGGAGCUUCUGUCCAGGAGCCCGACUGGUUCUUGGUAUUUACUUAAAGGAACAGUACAUGAAAGCAACAACCAUAUACUGUAUCACUUCGUUGAGUAAACCGUAGUUAGCCAGUUUUCUAUUGUUGGCUCUCAGUACAACACCAAGAGAACAAUGGGACAUAAACAAUAACUGUAAAAGUUAAUGGUCUGCAUAGGUGAUAAUAUUUGUUUAUAUGUCCUUUACUACGGGUCCAAUAAGAGGAAUAAGUAAGAUGUUUGAAUCCAUGAAAUCCAUGAAGUCUCUUAUCUUGGAGGAACCUCCAUGCAUAUACUGGAUGCUAGCUUCAGGAGUAGUUUCUAAAUGUUUUCAAUGUUAUUGUGUAGUUGAUAGCACUAUUAUGAAAAAGCUAUUUGUCAUUCCAUAGGUGUCUUUGCAGACAGCUUUGUGUAUCACUGUGACUGCCGUGCGUGCUUAGAGGUGUAGACUUUAUCAAUAGCGACAAGUUUGUUCUGUAGUGACGUUGUACUGCCAUUUCCCUUCCACAUGCUGAGAGAGUGCGUGGCAUCGUCAGUUCUAAUAACUGUGCAGUGGCUGGUUGGUUGAUUGACAGGGCUACACACAGGAGUUAUAGAACAUUUUAUGGGAUAGCGAGAGUGGUGGGAUUCACACAGCAUUUCGUUGAGCACUGUGCAAUACUUGUAUGUCCAUCCCAUAGUGUUGUGUGGGUUGUGUGCCCGAGAAAAAAAUCAUAUUUAAAGUUGACUCCUAUCAAGUGAGACGUAUUCCUCUCCAGUGAGAUGGUUAGGACACAGCACAUAUAGAUUCUGUGGUGGUUGGAGCCUGACAUCUAAAAUCAUUCUGUUAAGGGUUCCCUCCUAUACAGUUAGUUUUUUCUUCCACACAGAUUCAGCAUCAGAAAUUUCAGAACAUAGUGGGAUUGGGAAAUACCAAAAUAUGACACACAUACACACACACACACACACACACACACACACACACACACACACACACACACACACACGUAAACAUUUAAAUGACCCCUCACCCUCAAAGUACAUAUGUACAUAUUUUCAUCAUUUUCCAAAAAGUAAUUUAUUUAUCAUAUUGAAAUGGUCAUGAUUAUUACCGAAACGUAUCACAUCUUGUCAUGAUAACUUCAUCCAUCAUUGUAUCAACCUGAUCUACUAUACCUAAUUAUGAUUAUUUUUUAUUAAUAAGUUAUGUUUACAACCCUGUUGAAAAUACUUUUAUAUUUGAAAUGAAAACUAUGAAUGUACAGUAUGGACUGUGUGUUUGUGGUGAUUAACUGUGAGAUUAGUAGUUGGUACUUUUCUUUCAUUGUUGCAAAAAUAUGUUGAUUUGUGUGUGUUUUAAUGUAUUUAUUUAAAUGCCCUUUUGGGUAGACCUUCCCCGGAUAAACAAUACAUUCCAGAAACGUUGAACAUGCAGUAUGUGCCCUAAUGAAUUACAUUCCCUCUUGAACUAUAUCUUUUUUCAUUUAACAUAUUUGUCAUGCAUCCCUUAAAUCAUGAAUGACAAAAAACGUUUGUUUAAAUAAAACAAGGAUAAAACGUAGGCUCAGUAUUUGAAUGGAAUGUGCAGAUCCAUAGGGGUACGACUAAAUCACUAAAGAAAGGCUGUAAUCACUAUUUAAAGGGGAAGGAAAUCAAAAUGCUUCAACAAAAGAAAAGGAAAGCGUCAAACUCUUGAGGGGCGGACACUACAGUAAGAGGCAGCAAUACAGGAUCAGAUUGUGAGGUGUGUAACUUACUGGACCACAAGAAAAGCCACUAGCUGCAAUGUAAUGCUACUUUUACUGGUCCCCCCUACUAAAUCAUGGAAGCAAAACCCCUCACAUCCUAUUCAAGAAAAGUCCAUACAUCUCACUGUGUGACCAGAAACAUACAAGAUUCUCUAAAAUGACGACAACAAAAAGCCACUCUAACCUUUCAAGACAAAGCUAUGUAAAGUAUUAGAGUCUGAUGCGGUAGAAAGAUCCUAGUUGCCUUUGUGUAUAUCAACUGCCUGCUUGAGUAUUUCUGUGUUGACAUUUUCUCUGUAAUCUUGUACAACUGUUUGGGCUGUUUUUCCUGCCAUAUCGCUCGCGGUGACAGCGAGCUGACAGUUACUGUAUAUUGCUGUGUAUACCUUCAUUUUUGAUGAGGUGUUUUACAGUUUUGUUUCACUUUGUGUAGUGAUUCACUCUGUGGAGUUUUUUGACUGUUGUUAUAUAACUUCAUAUACACAAAUGAUCAAUAAAAUGUUUUAUUUCCUGUUGAUACAGAA